AUGGAAAAGAUUAGAGAAUGGCAAGACAAGUAUGAAGAAUUAAAGGAACAAUUCAAACAAUUGGAACAAAAAAACUUGGAACAGGAAAACGAAAUUAAAAGUUUAACCACAAAAAAUGAAAAUUUGGAAAACGAAGUUGAAAAAUUAGAAUCUGAAUUAGACGAACAUAAGAAAUUGUCUGAAGAUUCUACUUCUUUGAAAGCUAAUUAUGAAUCUUUUUCGAAGAAGAAUGAAACUUUAGAAACUGAAUUGGAGGAAAGUGAUUCCAAAUUAAGAGAAACUACUGAAAAGUUGAAAGAAACCGACUUAUUAGCUGAGCAAUUGGGUAGAAAAGUCACUUCUUUAGAAGCGGAACGCGAAGAGUGGGAAAAGAAGCACGAAGAAUUGACUGAAAAAUACAACAGUACUAAAGCUGAAUUAGAUGAAAUUGUUGGUUCUUUAGAAAAUUUUUGA